AUGAACGGUGUGACUGCUCUGCAGGGCGUGUUCGUUAGUGCAUCCAGUGAAGUGAACUUUGGAGUGGACUCAGCUGUGCCGGCCGCUCCAGUUGCAGCGGCUGCCAGUGGCGUCUCGGAUGGAGCAGCCUCACCGCUGCAUCCGGGCUGCAAUGAGACGGCGGCGCAACCCGAACCGACACCGACCGACCUGCACCCGGACCGGGCACCAGUUGUGGAUGCACCAGAUUAUGCCGUGUACUUUGAUCCGACAUCUAAGGCGUGGAGAAUGAAAUGGAAGUGGACUGACGGAGCAGAGCCAGAGUGCUUGCAGAACACUGUCGCACAGUACAGGGUGCCGUGUGACGCUCGCCGUGAAUUUGACGAUGAACUCAAACGUUGGGUGGAGCAGGGCUGGCUUAUUCCCUACAACGAGUCAGAGCUUGGCCCACCAAAGGGUCUGGUGCCUUUAAUGGCAGUCCAACAAAAGAACAAAUCGAAAACGGUGAUGAUCGAAAACCAGAGACAUUGUUUGACACGGCUCGGUUAUGGAUUGUGCGUGGCUCCGCUCGUCAUGAAGGCGGUGAUUCGGACGGUUCUGGAACGUGACGCGGACAUAAACCGGGCAGUGCUUCCGUACGUGGACGAUCUGCUGGUGAACGAGGACAUUGUUAGCGCAGAGCGAGUGGUGGCUCAUCUGGCGAACUUUGGUCUCGAGUGCAAGCCUCCAGAGCGGGCGGCAGGCGGCGCGCGUCUGCUCGGUCUGCGAGUCUCACGGGAGCUUGGCAGGCUGGUGUGGAGCAGAGACAACCCAGUCGGACCACCACCGGCUGUGCUCACGCGCCGUGGAGUGUUCUCGUGGUGCGGACGCCUGAUCGCUCACAUGCCCGUGUGUGGUUGGCUCCGCCCUGCCGUGGCCUGGCUGAAACGACGCGUGAAUGACGUCACACAAGGAUGGGAUGACAUCACCUACGACGGAGUUCUGCAGAAGCAGAUUAGUCAUGUCGCGGCUCGGGUAGCCAGUCACGAUCCGGCACACGGUCUGUGGAGCGUGCGGAGCGACCGCGCUGUGGUUUGGGUGGAUGCGAGCUCCGUAGCAGCGGGUGUGGUGGUGGAGUCACCUGGCGGCGACGUCAUUGAAGACGGAUGCUGGCUGAGGAAGGAUGAAUCCACACACAUAAAUGUUGCGGAGCUAAAUGCGGCCGUGAGAGGCAUCAACGUGGCCGUCGCUUGGGACAUGCGUGUCAUCGAUCUGCGCACGGACUCGGUCACAGUGCACCGUUGGAUCAACGAUGCAUUGAGCGGCCGCACUCGGCUGCGCACCAAGGCACACGGAGAGAUGUUGAUCAGACGCAGGGUCGACAUGAUUCGACAGCUGGUGGAUGAGCUCGAGCUGUCGCUGUCUGUAACUCUAGUGCGGAGCGCAGCGAAUCGAGCAGACGAGCUGACCCGAGUGCCGAAAGACUGGUUGCGUGAUGAGUCAUCGCCUGCAGCUACUGAGACAAUGGCCGGCUGCGAGGCUGCGGCCAAUGGGCUGGCAUUGCCUAACUCUGAUGACGAUUCAUCGGGUUCGGCAGUACUGAGAGGAGGCGAUCAAGUCGCAGCUGCAGGUGGUAGCAGCGCUGAGGUGGAUCGGAUGACGCCGCGGGGAGACUCGGCCGGCGCGGCAGAGGACCGGACGGAGGAUCAGCUUGCACCAGGAGGCUCUGCUGAUAUUGCGGAGGCCAUCGCAGGAGUGCAUGACCGCGCCGGACAUCCCGGGGUCGUAGAAGUCGAUGGAGUGCCGUGGCACGUGAGAAAUUUACGCCGACGGAAUGCCGCCGUCGAGGAGGGGCCCGUUAGUGAGGGCGACAGUGAGGGAGAGAGGGACGGUGAGAGUCUGGUCAUUACCGUGCCGGUGGUGAAUGAUGUGGGCUCAGAGGGGAACAGUGGGCCGGUAGUCGUGGAGGGAGAGUCAGCUGAGAUUGUGGGCGAGGAGGAGCGACAGUCUUAG